AAUAAUUUCUUGUCAGAAAUUUAUAAAUUUUAAUAAUUUUUUUACAUGGAAAGUAUGUUGAACAAUAAAGUUGUGUUUAUACGCUGCUUUUUAUGCCGCAAAAGAAACUCGAACGAUAGAAUACACAAAAGCGUUGAUGCCGCUUUGUGUCCCGCGUCGAAGAAGAGUAUCAAAACGGUUUUAAUGCAUCUUGCCCGUUGUGGGAAAUUUGAAUUGCAUAUAACUUGUGGGGAAUGGGUUUGCAGACAAUGUUAUACACUAAUUGCCGAUUAUGAUACCUGCUUGAUUAAUAUGACGCGAAAGCAAAGAAAUCUAACAAAUCUUGUUGAAAAAGCGGCAAUUAGUGUUGACAGCGAAUUCGAAGAAGAAUGUCUAGAAGAGCUCGCUGCAAUGGAAGAAUUCAAUGAUGAUCGCUUCUUUGACGACGUUAAUGUAAGUGAUAAUGAAAUAGCAGAAACUAUGUACGAAGUUAUGGGUAGCAGAAGAGCUAAGAAAUUGAAAUCUCAAGAUGCUUUAUUACCUAUCCCAGGAGACACUAAAUCGACCACGCCCUCACGGUCGUCAUCGUCUAUGCAAAGAUCCAUAACACCUGUAGAAAUUCUUCAAUGUAAUUUGUGUGCAAUGCGUUUUCAAAAUAAAAUACGCUUACAAAAACACGUGAACUCUGCGCAUAAAAAAUUCAGUUGCGAUCUUUGUAGCUUUAGUCACCGCAACGAAGAUUAUAUCAUGUUACAUAUGAAUUUGCAUGAAGGUAAAAAUGAAAAUCAAUGUCGUUACUGCAGCAAAGAAUUCACCACAAAAAUCAGCACAAUACGUCAUAUGGAAGUACAUUUGGACACAAAGAAGUAUCAAUGCGAUAAAUGUGGCUUAUGCUUCUCGCAGACAACUGUACUAUACAAUCAUAAAUUGCAACAUGAAGCUGAGGAGAAGCCAUUACGUUGCGAGAUAUGCAAUCAGAUUUUUAAAACGAAACGUACCUUCCGCCAUCAUCGGAUAACGCAUCGAGUUGAUCGGCCACGUUAUAGUUGCGAUUAUUGUGGGAAAACUUUUACCGAGAAAUAUACAUUAAAAGUACAUAAAAGAUCCACUCAUUCUGAAACCGAAUCGGUACAGCAGCAAUCAACAACAACAACUACAACAACAGUACAACAUCAAAAGCAAUGCUAUCAGCUUCAAAAACACGAGCAACACCAAUCCGAUACUAAUGAGAAUAUUGAAUACAGUCAAGCUACGCCUGUGCUAAGUCAAACGUUGGCGAACGAGGCGAAACUUAGUUGCAUUAUAUGUGAUCUACCUUUCUUAAGUAAAGAACUAUUGAAUAAACAUAUGGAAAAGGAGCACGAUGUCAUCCUUAAAUCGUUAACCGUCGCGAAUUUCUCACAAAACGAAUCUCGAAAACCGUGUCACAUAUGUGGACAAAUGUUUAGUGCCCAUCAUAAUUUAGAAUACCACUUAGAACAUGUACACGGUGUCGCGUUUAAAUAA